CUCUGAGAGCUAUCUGUAACAUAACUAAACAUAUUAGAUGACUUCGAGAUACUCUUUACAUCAACAAUGAAAGGAUUAUCCAGCAACCGCAGUCAUCAUCAUGGGAUUACCUGUGAUGCGCCAUGUGACAGUCUGCCACAUCACCCAGACAGGCAGCCAUAUUUGUUAAAUCCAGUGGACCCUCACCCUGCAGAUCAUCCUUAUUAUACUCAGAGGAACUCUUUUCAGGCAGAAUGCAUGGUACCUUAUAAUGAUCAAAUUGCCAGCAGCACAUUUCCUCGGCGACAUUACAGUUCCCACCAUGAACUUAAAGACGAGUGUGCUCUUGUUCCCCAUGGAACAGCUAACAAAACUAAUCGCAUUCCUGCCAAUCUUUUGGACCAGUUUGAAAGGCAGUUGCCUCUUAAUCGUGAUGGCUACCAUACCUUACAAUACAAACGGACUGCCAUGGAACAUCGCAGUGACAGUCCAGGGAGGAUCCGCCACUUAGUUCACUCUGUUCAAAAGCUCUUCACAAAGUCUCAUUCUCUUGAAGGACCAUCAAAGGGAAGUGUCAAUGGUGGCAAAGCAAGCCCCGAGGAGACUCAGACUAUGAGGUAUGGGAAGCGUAGCAAGAGUAAAGAAAGGAGGUCAGACGGCAAGUCCAGAUCCAAUGCACCAGGAUGGUGGAGUUCAGAUGAUAACUUGGACAAUGAUGUUUGCAUUUAUCAUGGUCCCAGUGGAGUUAUGACUAUGGGAAGGUGCCCCGAUCGUUCCACUUCUCAGUACUUUAUGGAAGCCUAUAAUACUGUAAGUCAACAUACUGUGAAGUCAUCCAAAAGCAAUAAUGAUGUCAAAUGCUCUACUUGUGCAAACCUGCCCGUGAAUUUGGAUGCCCAGUUAAUGAAGAAAAGCUCUUGGUCCUCUACAUUGACAGUGAGCAGAGCCCGUGAGGUUUACCAGAAAGCUUCAGUUAAUAUGGAUCAGACACUAGUGAAGUCAGAGGCAUGUCAACAGGAGCGAUCUUGUCAAUACCUUCAGGUUCCCCAGGAUGAAUGGACCGGUUAUGCUCCGCGAGGCAAAGAUGACGAGAUUCCAUGCCGGCGGAUGCGCAGUGGCAGUUACAUUAAAGCAAUGGGGGACGAUGAUAGCGGGGACUCAGACACCAGCCCGAAGCUAUCACCAAAGAUCGCAGCACGAAGGGAGAGCUAUCUCAAGGCCACUCAGCCCUCACUUACGGAACUCACCACCCUCAAGAUAUCCAGCGAACACUCUCCGAAACUUCAAAUCCGGAGCCACAGUUACUUGAGGGCAGUGAGUGAAGUCUCAAUCAAUAGAAGUUUGGACAGUCUGGACCCUGCAAGUCUGUUAACUUCUCCUAAAUUCCGUUCCCGGAAUGAGAGCUACAUGAGAGCCAUGAGCACGAUUAGUCAGGUGAGUGAGAUGGAAGUAAAUGGUCAGUUUGAAUCAGUCUGCGAGUCAGUGUUCAGCGAACUAGAGUCUCAGGCCGUAGAGGCCCUGGAUCUGCCAAUGCCAGGCUGCUUCCGCAUGAGGAGCCACAGCUAUGUGAGAGCAAUUGAGAAGGGCUGUUCCCAAGAUGAUGAAUGCGUGUCGCUGAGGUCCUCAUCUCCCCCACGCACGGCCACCACAGUGAGGACCAUCCAGAGCAGUACUGUGUCAUCCUGCAUUACCACGUAUAAGAAGACACCACCUCCUGUUCCACCAAGAACCACCACAAAACCGUUUAUUUCCAUCACAGCCCAAAGCAGCACAGAGUCUGCCCAAGAUGCAUACAUGGAUGGGCAGGGACAAAGGGGUGAUAUCAUCAGUCAGUCUGGACUUAGUAACUCUACAGAAAGCUUGGACAGUAUGAAGGCCCUAACUGCUGCUAUUGAGGCUGCUAAUGCACAGAUCCAUGGCCCUGCAAGUCAGCAUGUAGGCAACAAUAAUGCAACUGUCACCACAACCACCACCAUUGCCACUGUUGGUGUAGAAGACAGAAAGAAGGAUCACUUCAAGAAAAACAGAUGUUUAUCCAUUGGAAUACAGGUUGAUGACGCUGAAGAAUCCACCAAACCAGGUGAAAAUAAAGCAACCAGUAAGUUCCAAUCCAUAGGUGUUCAAGUAGAGGAGGAGAAGUCCUUCCGCAGGUUUACUCGAUCUAAUAGUGUAACAGCAGCUGUGCAAGCAGACCUGGACUUCCAUGAGAAUUUUGAAAUAUCAGUGGACCCUCAGGAAGACAAUACAUGCACUGGGCAAAUAUCAAGACAAUAUUCCCGAGAUGCAAGCACCUCCACUGUUAGCAUACAGGGUUCAGGAAACCAUUAUCAUGCAUGUGCAGUAGAUGACGACUUUGAUACAGAUUUUGAUCCUUCAAUUUUACCUCCUCCGGAUCCCUGGAUUGAUUCUAUAACUGAAGAUCCUCUGGAGGCUGUUCAAAGGUCAGUUUGUCACAGAGAUGGGCACUGGUUUCUGAAGCUUCUUCAAGCAGAAAGAGAUCGUAUGGAGGGCUGGUGCCAACAGAUGGAGAGAGAAGAACAGGAAAACAACUUACCUGAGGACAUUCUAGGGAAAAUUCGAACUGCAGUGGGCAGUGCACAGCUUCUUAUGGCCCAGAAAUUUUACCAGUUCAGAGAACUGUGUGAAGAAAAUCUGAAUCCUAAUGCACAUCCAAGGCCGACCUCCCAGGAUUUAGCAGGGUUUUGGGAUAUGCUCCAGUUGUCCAUAGAAAAUAUUAGUAUGAAAUUUGAUGAACUUCAUCAGUUAAAGGCCAAUAAUUGGAAACAGAUGGAUCCUCAUGACAAGAAGGAGAGAAGGGUCCCUCCUCCAGUGCCAAAGAAGCCAGCGAAAGGUCAGGUGCCACUCAUACGGGAACGUUCUCUGGAAAGCUCACAGCGUCAAGAGGCCCGGAAACGGCUGAUGGCUGCCAAACGAGCCACAUCUAUCCGCCAGAAUUCCGCCACUGAGAGCGCUGAAAGCAUUGAGAUUUACAUCCCCGAAGCCCAGACAAGGCUAUGAAGGGAUCCCACCAGGAGGACUCUCACUGGCAAGACAAGUCUCUUGUAUAAUCUGCUCCUGUAGGUCCCUAUUCAGAGCCACCAUUAAGAAUUUGUAUUCCCCUCUUUCUUUCUUUCUCUCUCUCUCUCUCCCUCUACAAUGAUCCCAAUUAAUUCCACUUUUGUGGUGUAGUUGUCGAUCCUCCAAGAGAUGUCCUCUAAUAACUGUUGCUUUCUAAAGGUUUGCCCAUGUCAUUAUGAUGCUUUGUCACAUGUAUUGAUGCUGCCACCUUGCCUCAUGUAAGAGAGUACAAUCCUCCUUUCUAUUUAAGAAAUAAAUACAGAACUCACAGACACACAUACACACACACCUGUAUAGUAAAUACACCAUUUAACUCAUUCAUGAUCUUUAGUUUAUCUAAAGUUAGUAUGUUACCUGGUGUACAGCAAUAUAAAACUAUAGAGUAUUUUGGAAAUUCAGUAACACAGGGUGAUCCUUUGGGACUCUGCUGUCUUCCUCAUUAAAGAUUAAAGGAGCUAUGGCUCGGAUUCCCUUCUUUUUAUUACUAUUAUUUUUUAAGCAGAUGGCGCACUUUAUUCUAAACCUCAGAAUCAUAUCUCACCUGAAUUUAAGAUGUCACAAAGGGCGAGGUAGGGGGAGAGAUAGCUGUGGUGUGGUGCAAAGGAGGGAGAGGUAAAUCCUGCAGGUGAGAUUGUGAGGGACAGAAAAGAUCCUGUCAAAAGAUACCUGCACACUCUCACAGCUGCACAAACUGCCUCAUUUGUUUUUCGUCAAUCACUACUUAAACAUUUUGAUCAGCAGAAGAUUGUAAAUUUGAUCUUCCAGGGAAAUCAUCUAUUUUGAAAGGCAAUAAAAAGGCAAAAGGAAAGGAGAUAAGAAGAAAUGAUCAUUGAAGAUAAUAUAAAAAGGGACUUUUUUGUCAAAGUAUUAAG